UCGUCACCUGAGACAAAGGUAAAUAUAAAAUAUGCGCAUCUAUUUGGUUAGACAUGGUAAUUGUGUAUGAGGUUGUAGAAUAAUGGGAAAUGCUCAAAAUUGCAUGUGGAGUUUCUUUCAGCAGCCUGGCAAGGAUGGCACACUUACAAUUUAUAGAUAUCGGUAUUAACCUAACAGACCCUAUGUUUCGAGGAGUUUACAGAGGAAAUCAAAAACACCAAGGUGACUUUGAUCAGAUAAUUGACCGUGCUGUCAAAGUUGGAGUCCAAAAGUUCAUGAUCACGGGGGGAAAUCUUGAAGACAGCAAGGAGGCCCUCAAAUUAGCAGAGUCCAGAGAGGAAUUUUACAGUACGGUUGGAUGUCAUCCAACACGCUGCAGCGAGUUUGAACAGAGUGGACCAGAUCAGUACUUCACAUCACUGAGGGAGUUGGCAACAUCAAACAAGGGCAAGGUGGUGGCCAUUGGAGAAUGUGGAUUAGAUUUUGACCGGUUGGAAUUCUGUCCAAAAGAAACUCAAAUGAAGUAUUUUGAGAAGCAGUUUGACUUGGCUGAGGAAACCAAACUGCCAAUGUUCCUUCACUGCAGAAACUCGCAUAAGGACUUCCUUGACAUCAUGAAGAGAAACAGAGACAGAUGUGUCGGAGGUGUGGUCCAUUCUUUUGAUGGAACUAAAGAAGAUGCUGCUGCCCUCACUGACCUGGAUCUAUAUAUUGGCAUAAACGGCUGUUCUUUGAAAACAGGAGCAAAUAUUGAAGCGAUGAAGUCCAUUCCCAGUGAAAGACUGAUGAUUGAGACAGAUGCUCCAUGGUGUGGGGUGAAGAACACUCAUGCGGGGGCCAAGCACAUCAAAACCACAUUUCCCACCAAGAAGAAAUGGGAGGCAGGACACUGCUUGAAGGACAGGAACGAGCCUUGCCAUAUCAUACAAGUGCUUGAAAUCAUGGCUGCUGCAAGGAAUGAGGAUCCUGUGGAGAUGGCAAACAUCAUUUACAACACCACUAUGAAAGUGUUCUUUACUGGAAGCUGAUUACUUUUCCUAAAAUACAUUUUCCCGGACCUAAUUUGAAAAUGCCUUUUGCCCUUAAGGCAGAGCAUUUCAUGCUACUCUUCAAGAGUGGUUUAUGUUUACACCAUCUGCCAACUGGCUCCAACUGCUCAUGUUAGCACUUGCUGGUGUCAAUCAGUGAAGUCCUCAGAAAUGCCUUAUCACUAACUUUGCAUGGAGAAUUUAGUUAGCAUGGCCUUAAAAUGCCUAUUUGCUCUGUUCCAUCUGACUAUGCAAUCCACUGAUUCAUCAGCCCAGGGAGGGAUGUUAAAAACUUGAUCUCCACAAUAAAAAUAAUCUAGACAUUA